AUGUUUGGGCCGGGGAGGGUUGAAACAUACAUUAGGCAUGAUGUGAUUUUAGAGAUGUUGAAUAGUGAAGAGCUUGACAUCAGUUGUAUACUUUGGUAUCAAAUAGUGCUACAUUCCAUUCUUGCAACAAAUGGGGUUAACAGAUGUGCAUUUAUAAACCCACAGUCGAUCACCGAAACAGUAUGUGUCCAUGAUGAGCAGGACAAGACUAACCAACACAACAAUCGUGUUGCAACUGAGAUCGCUGAAACAAUGAAUUUCCAUCAAGAAAAAGACUUUUUUCUUGCCCCAUAUUGGCAAAGUCGACAUUGGUUGCUGCUUGUGAUUUGCCCUUAUCAACGCACUGGUUACAUUUUGGAUUCCAUCAAGAAGGCUGUUGAAAUGUUUAAUGAAGAUUUUGAAACAUCACAUCCAAUGACAUGGACGAUUGCUGAUUGCAACCAACAAUCGUCUAAUUGGGAAUGUGGCUAUUAUGUGUUGAAAUGGAUGCGUGAAUUUGUCAUGUAUCGGCAAUAUGCAUUCCCGAAUAACCUUUGGAAUGAUAUAAACCCCAUUCCUGAAAAGUUGUUGGACGAUGUGGUCAAUGCGUGGAUGACUACUUUUCAAAGUAAAUAUAUGAAAUGAAGCUUGUGUUUAAUGGUUAGUUCUAUUUUCUACACUUGUUAUUAUUGGAUUUAUUUUGAUUAACCUUCUAUGGUUUAAACAAAGUCAUGUAUCAUAUGCUUUGUUUUUACACAUAAAAAUAUAAAAUCUUGACUCAUCUUUACUUUUGGUUCUUGAUUAGCUUUUCAUUGCUGAUGGUUGGUUCGAGUCCACUUUGAAUAAUGGAGCCACAGUAAUCGAAAAGGUGCAAAAAGACAGAAGAAGUUUCUUUGUUUUUUUACCUUUUUUAGGUGUCAUAGGUUUGUAAUGAAAACAAUUGUCCUUCUCCUUUGUCGUUUGAGUCUAGCAUGAUUGUGUCUUAGUAUUUUAUUUUUAACUACUAUUUUGUUAUAGUUACUUUUUAUUAUUUGGAAUGACCAAUUAUUAU